AUGAGGUACAUACAAGACAUGGCGCUAGUAAUACUUAUAACGAUGCUCGUUGUACAAGUUUCUACUACGGACGGAGAGAUGGCGCUAGCGAAUGUCACAAGAUUUGCUUCAGGAGAUAUUUUUUCUCUAAUCGGUACAAAUUGUGGCCUAACUCGAUGUAUGGAAAUUUCACAUGGCACCGCGUUGCCUGCUGUAGGUGGAAGUGAAUGCGUUUGCCAAUGCCGUAGAGAAACUCCAGCUUUUAGAGAGGACAAGAAGAUUUGCGUUAAUCAUAUUAAUGAUUGUUCGAUGGCCACUUUCGGUCGCGGAGCCACAAAACCUCAAAUACCUUUCGUUUUUCUACCUUUAAAAGGACAGAUUAUUUAUCCAUCAAAAGAAAUCAUAUUCACGGAUAUAGACGACGCGAUCUGUGCUGUCACCAGCGCUCAAUAUCUGUCCGAGACUGGUUGGGUCACUUUACGGGAUUUAGUGGACAAUGACGUACCUUUCGGACUCUACCGAGAUGAGGGCAGCACUUAUUUACAGUGGCGAGGAUCAUCAGCCCUCCACUCUCGUCUCGAAGGUCGUCUGGUUGCAACUCAUGUGCUAUGCUCAGCACAGAAGCCCGCACAUUUAGCAGCAUCUUGCGCUACCUUCCGUGUUGCGGGCGUAACUCAUAACGCGUUAUUGGAUGUUAGGUCAAUACCAUUUCACGCUGGUGAAACAGUGACAACGGAGCCAGCAGCUCAAAGCAAUGGCCUCAGUGUACUAGAAUCCUUAGCAAUUGGAGUGUGCGUCCUCAUGUUGGUUUUCGUGUAUGCAGCGGGAAUUAUAUUCUAUAUCAACUACAAACAGAAGCAGAGAAGAAAGAAAGACCCCGAGAUGGAUCUUUCUCGCACUAAUUCGACUGAUAAUGCUUCGACUAUCGAUUCACGACUUGAAAUGGGUAGCAUGAGAAUGAAAUCAAAUCCACUGAUGAAUUUAGAGAAUAUGAGGAAUGACUACACGAAUGAUGCCGGCUUAUCUGAUGUUAGCGAACGAACAGAAGAUACAUUCGAUUCAACAGUAAAUAAGCCAAAGGAUCGAAAUGCAAACGUCGUAGCUGCUAUUGUGCACUCCAGACGAAAGAAACCAUCAAGACCUACGAUUAGGGCUACAUCGACUCCAGAACGUCUUACAGAGAGACUUCAAAGACGUUCAGCUUCACCAGAAAUGGAAAAGGCGCCUCACUCUGAUUUGUCCAUACUCCACUGCAGCAUAGAUAACAACAUCGCCGAGGAUAUACCUUCUCCCGAAGAAGGCGAACCAGUUCUGAGACGAAAAUUAUAUUUUAAUCCAGUUUUUUUUGAGACAGAUCUUUUGAAGGAUCCUCCACCAGCAGCGAUUGAAUUUUUGAUAAAAUUAAGAGAAGUAAUGUCGGUUGCAAAAGAGAAAAUGACUUCAAAACGGUUUAUUCCGAUUCUAUCUGAUAUACCUGAAGAGGAACUCUAUCAUACAAUUGAUCUCGGAUGGGACAUUCCGUGUGCGAGGCGCGGGCGAAGAUAUAGCGCAAUUAGUCUAAAGCGAGAGAAUAGCCGACGAGUAUUACAUUGUGGUGGUUGUCCAGGAUGUGACAAUAGUGGAAAACAAAAAGUGACUGGUUUAAUAAGAUCUAAUUCAUGUAAGACUUGUGUAAGUGACGAUUACAAACAAAAAAUAGUUCAAAAGUGGUUAGACGAAGUACCUUCACCCCCUUCAACUGCUAAAAGACCGGUAAAAUCAGUUGCUAAAGUAAGCGGUACGCCAAGAGUGAUUGAACCAAAAGAAAAUGAAGUAUUAGUAAACCCUGUAGAACCAGUGCCCAAUCUUAUUUCUGAAACAGUCAAAAUAACGGAAUCGAUUGUAAAAGAAUAUUUAAAAGAUAAAUAUUUGGUUAAUUCAAAUGAAUUUAAAGAUAUUGAUGUAGCAAAUAAAAAUAAUAUAGAGAAUGACAGUAAACACAGUUCACAAGCAAUUGUUAUUAUCACUUCAGAAAAGAAAAGUCCUUCUAAUCACGCUACUCGACGUGUAAGAAAGAAUUUACCACCUCCGCCUCCACCCCCAAAUCAUGUAACAGAAUUACUUGAGAGUACUAAAGAUAUCGUACCAAUAUCUCCCGAAGUCAAGAGAAAAAUGGAAGCUGUUAUUCGUGAAUUAAAUAAAUGCCAUAGAGUAGAACCCAUUGGAAGUCCUAUUAUCGAAGCUAAUAAAUUACAGGAGACGGCUCCAAAAUUAGUUAUACCAGUGACAGCUGCUGACUCACAUCGUUAUGGAGAUGAUAACAUUUUUUUUGAUAAAAAAACUCUAGAUCAAGAAAAUGUCGAGUUAGAUAGCUUAGAAAGAAAAUUGCCUAAAAAGAGAAGAUUUUCAUUAGAUUAUGGACCUGAAUUGAAUCAAAAGAAAUUAUCAGGCAUACAAAAAACUCAAAUAUCUCGUGAUAGAUUGACGCGUAGUUGGCGAGAUUUUAAAAAUACAUCAAAUAACACAAAUGUAGCUCCUCAAACAAUCAGCUUUGAAUCGAAUAAUAAAAUAACUUGUAAUAAUAAUAACGAUGUUUUCAUCAAGUCCAUUGAACCUAUAUAUAAUAAUAUCGAAAAACUUGGCCCGUUAACAAUUGAGGUAAGAGGUUCUCCAGUUGAAAAUAGAAAGAAUGAUAAUGAUGACUUUGAUCCUGAUACUCUUGAUAGGAAACCAAAAAAAACAAUCGAAAAGAAUGAAAAUAAAAAAAGUGUCGAAAAAAUUCUAUUAAAAUCCGGGGGUAGUUUUAAACACAAAUUAACAGCCCCUGAAACCGAACAAAGCAAAAGUCCACCAGAAGCGGCGUUUACUAGAAAAAUAGGUAGUCUUAGGCAAAUAUACGAAGCUAAGAACAAAGGUAAAAUGAAUGAUAAUCCAUUUUACGAAAGACGAGGGAGUUUACCUUAUGGUACUCAAGAGUUAGAAGCUUACAUUAGAAAACUAGAACCUAAGCAUACAGAAAACCAAAUAGAACCGAAACCUCCUAUACCGCCUAAAAAUAAACGCAGCUCAGAAACACAAUCAAAGGUCACUACUCCUAGACACAGUCCACCGAGUGACAGAUAUCGAUCCUCUGAAGAGAGAGACAGGUUUCCACCAUAUUCAAGAACUGAUAACAUAAACUCUAGGCGCUCUGGUCGGAGAUCAGCUCGUACGAGACCUAGACGAGUCGAUUUAAAGAAAUUAUGCCGUACAGAAGAUUCUGGAUACUUAAGUACGGAUUCAAACGAAUCAAAGCGAAGAGCGAGAUAUUUAAUGCAAUUAAAACCCAAAUUAGUAAAUAUUGAUACGACAUCAAAGCUACUAAAUAAAUCUAAUAUCUUACACAUAGACACAGAUACCGAUGAGUUGGAAUCUCUGUGUGACGGUCGAAGUGAAUCUGGCGGAGAGAGUGUUGAGACUGAUUCUGUAUUCUUCGGUAAUUUCGAUGAUUCAAAACAAAUAUUAAAAGAAUUGGGUUUCGAAGAUUUCGGAACGAGGAAUAAAAUAAAUCAGAUAGAUUCAGGUUUUGCUGGGGAAACGAAUAUAAUGCUUAGUGGUGAUAGUGAUUCGGAACAUCGAAGUGUUAUUUCUAUAGUCGCUGGAUGUGACGGAAGAGCUUCAUCUGCGUCUGUUACAAAUUUAGAUGAUUCGCAAUUUGUGAAAUCCGUGGAAUGUUCGUAAUUUUUGUGUAGCCAAAUCAUUUUCAUUAUUAUAAUUAAAUAUUACCUGUACUUUGUACGCUCUUAAGAAUUGUGUUUUAGAAUAGAUUAUAAACAAAAUGUAUUCUUAGUUAGUGCCACCGAAUUUUACCUCAUGGUAUCGAAUUAAGUAAAUGUUGGUUUG